ACCUAAUUGCAUCACUUACGAAACAAGAUCAAAGAUGGGAACAAGGUCCAAGAGGAAAAGGAAGGCCCCAACAGCCGCCGAUCAGGAGCCCACGCCUCCUCCUCCCCGCCGCCGCCGCCGCCGCCGCAACGACGUAGCCCAUCCUCCUUCGCCGGCGGAGCCGAGGGACUGGGCGGCGCUGCCCCAUGACGUCCUGUGCGCCAUCCUCAGCCGGGUUCCGCAAAUCGACAUCCUCCGCGGCGCGGGGCUCGCGUGCGCGUCCUGGCGGCACGCGGCCGCCCACGAGCCCCAGAUCUGGCGCCACAUCGACCUCGCCGGCAGCCGCAAAUCCGCUCUGAGGGCAUGGCGGGCGUUGGCGCGCGCCGCCGUGGACCGCAGCGCCGGCCGCUGCGAGUCCUUCCGCGGCCCCGUCGACGGCAAUCUCCUCCUCUACCUCUCCGACAGGUCGCCGUCGCUGAGGAGCCUGCACAUCACGAGAUGGUCCAAGUACACGUGUGAUGAAGAUCGCGAAGACUUCGCGCUCUUCGCGCGGGUGGUCGAGAAGCUCCCUCUGCUGGAGCAGCUCGUGCACAAGGGCCGCGGCGGCGUCUUCGGCAAAGAACAGAUCGGCGCCCUCCUCCAACACUGCCCGCGUCUCCGGCUGCUCGACGCCGGCGGCUGUAGGGCCUCCAGAGCGAUUGGCAAAAGGUUUGUGGAGAGGUGCAAGGGCAGGAUCAAGGAACUCCGGAUGCCGCGGUUUGGUGGCGGCCGCUGCGGGUGCUGCACCAGACAUGCGCAAAGAUAUGCCGAUGAACAUGAUGAAUGAUCGGUUAAUUAGUUUGUCCAUUAAUUCCCCUCUUAUUGCCAUAGAAAUCCUCUUUCCGUUUUAUGCUUGAUAUAUGAAUCAAACCUUGUACUUACUUGCUCCGUCUAACAAAGGAUGUCUCAAUUUUGACUAAAUUUGAAUGCAUUUAUACACUAAGUUAUGUC